CUCGUGUUUCUGCCCCAAUUAUCAAGCCGCCGCCCUCUCCAGCAUAGCAACUCUCGUGCACCAUGGCGGCCAGCAACAAGAAGAUAAGCCUGAAGCUUCUGGUCGACAAGCGCCAGUCUCGAGUGGUGAUGGCUGAAUCGGACAAGGAUUUCGUUGACAUCCUGCUAAGUUUUCUGACAAUGCCGAUGGGAGCCAUCAUCAAACUCGUCGGAAAAGAUUCGUCAUUAGGAUGCAUUGGUAAUUUGUACAAGAGCGUUGAGGGCCUCGACAGCCAGCACUUUCAGACCGAGGCCUGCAAGUCAAUGCUGCUUAAUCCCCUGAAUGCGGCGGGACUCCGCUGUGAGGAUUUAGCAGUUAACGUUGACGAUAAGAUUAACCCAAGAACGUUCUUCACGUGUCCGGAAUCAGGUUGCUGCUCCAAAGCCACCUGUUACUAUAGCUCUGUUCCUAACGUCCGGUGUUGCUGCGGAAAGGAAAUGAGUUAUGCUGACGAGUGGACAAAAGAAGACAUGAAUGCAGCUGGAGACGGGGUUUUCUUCAGGGGAGGUCUUAAGUUUAUUGUGAGCGAUGAAUUGCAUAUAACGCUGGCUUCUACAGCGGUUAUUUUAUCUCUUUUUAGCAAGAAAGGGAUAAAAGAUUGUAGCAUACUUGAUGAGAGAAUUAUGGAUAUUGGCCAUGAUGAGAUCUUAAAGUUGCUUGAAAGAUCAUUGAUCUCAAGCACUCCUCUGACUGACUUGUGCUUCGAUAAUUCUAUGCCAAGCAAUGGGAAGGUACCAAAUAGGGAUGGUAUAUUUCAACUGGUUCCCAAAUGUGAAGAGGAUGGGAAUUCUGACGGUGAGCAACUGAAAGCAAAAUUGCUAUUGACAAAGACUAAUCGUAAAAUUGUUUACAUGGAGUGUGAUGAGGAGGUUUUAGACUUCCUAUUCAGUUUCCUCACCUUUCCCCUUGGUGCCGUAAUCAAACUGCUUAAUAAGAGUUCAUCCAUGGGAUGUGCUGAUAACUUGUACGGAAGCGCUGAGGUUUUGAGCUCACAAGAAAAUCUUUGCAUCAAGUCUGAGGAAUGUAAGACAAUGCUGUUAGGUCCUAAGUUGGCUCCAUUUUGCGGUGUCAAAACGCAGCUGUUAAAGAUUGGGGAGUUGGUUUCUCGUGUAGACUCUACAAACGCGGGAUGCUACACAUGUGACAGAAACGGAUUCAGUUGCCGCCAUGGGGUGUAUAUCGCUACACUUAAGGAAUUGAACCCGAAAUUCCCAAACAAAAUGACCGAACCAGGGGGAGGAUAUGCAAAGGGACAGUGUAAGUUCAUGGUUACAGAUGACUUGGAUGUGGCUCUCGUAUCUCCAUUCUCUACAGUUCGUAUAAUCAACGAAUUUGGAGUUCCCAUCAGUAAUCUCGUGGAGGAGGAGGUUGGCAUCGGAGAGACGCAAGCUUUAAAUCUGUUGGAAGCUGCGUUGUGCUCUGAAACUGCACUGACUAAGGUUUUCUCCAGCAAUAAGCGAAGGUUUGUUACUUUAGAUUAGUCUUAAGACUUGUUUAGAGCAGACUGGAAUGAGCCUGAGUGCUCUUGCGUAAUGUGAUGUCUAGCGCGAAAGUUUGUUACUUAUCCUCACAUGUCUAAUAUGAUCAAGCUAAUUCAUAACACUGGUGGUAAGCAGCUGGAUGUUUUACAUUAUUGUAGCUGCGAUUUUGUAUCUAAAAAAUCUAUGUUCCUCUUGGAAUGCUAAUUGCUGUGUUUUAGUGAA